GAAUUCGUGUGGAUCCUCUGGAGAGCAGAAAGUUGUUGGCUGCGAACAGUUGCAUGUUUUUACACCCCAACAACAACUUCAGCAUUUGUUAUUUUAUGGUUGACAACCCUCAGGAAGGGAGGUUGUCGCGAAAACGCAAGAAACUGAAGGAGACUGGUGAAGUAUCGUGUGGCGAACAGUCGCAUUGCUCGAUUGCUGCAGCUUACGUAUGCCAUUUGGAGGUUACACACUGUACGAGCAAACAUCCAAACGCAUAUCUACCAAUAUUUUCUCCUAACAAUUUUAGUAUAGAAAGUGGAAGAAAUUGGGCAGCAAUGGCGAUCAAUAUCAACCGCAACGUCCUGGAUCCCUUCUACCGUUACAAAAUGCCCCGUCUGCAGGCCAAGGUCGAAGGCAAAGGCAACGGUAUCAAAACAGUCAUUGCAAAUAUGACCGAGAUUGCCAAAGCUCUUGAUCGCCCUCCAACUUAUCCGACCAAAUAUUUUGGGUGCGAACUGGGCGCACAGACUAACUUCGACAUGAAGAACGAACGUUUCAUCGUGAACGGUGAACACGACGCGGCGAAACUGCAAGAAAUCCUUGACGGUUUCAUCAAGAAAUUCGUCCUUUGUGCAGCAUGCGAGAAUCCGGAAACCACACUGAUUGUGAAGAAGGGCCAGAUACAAAGCAGAUGCAAGGCAUGUGGCAAUAUCUCUGUCAUCGACCCGAAGCACAAACUGUCGACAUUUAUCAUGAAAAAUCCGCCGAAGGUCGAUGAGAAGGAGAAGAAGGAGAACGGGAACGGUGGUUCGAGUGACAAUUCCAUCAUUGACGGGGAAAUUUUAAGUGACAAAGACUUAAACGGAAGUCUAUCGGAUGAAGUGGAUGAUGACUGGGCGGAACCACUUGAAGACCCGACAGCCAAAGUCUCCGCACAGAUCGGCAAGCUGAUCAUCAACAAGGAUUUGGAUAAGCCAAUCGAGGAGCGACUCGACAUGCUUCAUCAGUACUUCCUGAAAGCGAAAGCUAAUGGCACGCUUCAGGACAGCAAGAGUUUGUUGGAUGAGGCUGAACGACUGGAGCUGAAGUCGAAGGCGACGCUUUUGCUGGCUGAUGUACUUUUUGACAAGAAUGUGGUCUCGCAAAUCAAGGAGCAUCGCAACACUCUUUUCCGCUUCACUGAACGUGACCACAAGGCUCAACGCCAUCUUCUGGGCGGCAUCGAACAGCUUAUUGCGAAAUAUGAGGAGACUUUGCUGCCAAGAACGUGCCGUAUCUUGAAAGACCUUUAUGACUACGACAUCCUGGAGGAGGAAGUCAUACUUGCUUGGGGUGAAAAGCCGAGCAAGAAAUAUGUCAAAAAGAAGUUGUGCGAAAAAAUAAUUGGUGUGGCGCAGCCGAUUUUCGAUUGGCUGAAGAACGCAGAAGUAGAUGACAGCGACGAUGAAGAUGGCACCGUUGAGUUUGACGAUCGCGCCCGUCGUGUUGGAACCGUGGAGAUGGAUCAGGCAAAGAAGACGAACGGACUUGCGAAAGGAGAGAAGGUCAAAGCUGCGGAUAACGGCGAAGAAGUUGAUAUUGAUAAAAUCUGAAG